AUGUCAUCAAAGACACAAAAGAUGAAAGGUAAGGAAGGAGGAGGGAAGGAAGAGAAUGAUGCAAAUCCCACUUACGCACCUGGCCCUGCGAAUUCAAGAACCACCUCGAUGAAUGCGAACCAUACCCAUGCCGAAUAUCCCAAUGGACAUCAUCACCAUAACGAUGCUGGAGUUAAGAAGGGAAAACAGAAGAAGGCGACAGAUCCGAGUGAAGCUUCGAAGUUGAUCGCAGCCAAAAUCUCGCAACUGGAACUAGAUGCAGCUGGAGAGAAGGAUCAAGAGGCAGAGAUUGAACGCGAAGUGAAAAAAGCGAAUCGAGAACUGAAUAACCUCACAUCCAAAAUGGAUGAUCUUCAGAAAAUUGAGACCCUUUCCAGGAGGGUCACGGAGCACCUCGCGGACAUGAAGCGACUGGAGCGGGAUAACCAGAAGAACAAGAAGCGUGGUGACGUGCUGCAGAAGGAGAAAGACGUUGCGAGAACCGACCUUGCCAAAUCCAAUACACUCCGAGAGAAGUUGGAGAAACUUUGUAGAGAAUUACAGAAAGAAAACAAUAGACUCAAGGGUGAAAACAAGACUCUGCAUGAUACCGAAAAGAAGGCCAAGGAGGAGUGGGAUCAAAAAUGGGACGAAAUGCUAUGGCAAUUUCAGGACUAUCAAGAUAAAAAGGACCAUCCCCAAACUGUGGUUGUCAACCCUGAAAUUGACGAGCUUUUCAAAGCGAGGUUUAAGUCUUUAAUUGACCAGUAUGAACUACGGGAGCUUCAUUUUCAUUCUCUUCUACGUACAAAAGAGCUCGAAGUUCAGUACAACCUUGCCAGAUUCGAGCGUGAACGAAGAGCCGCCGAACAGGAGGUCAACCGGGCAAAACAGUUGAAUCAGCAGGUCCUUACCUUUUCCAAAACCGAAACUGAGUUACGAAACCAGCUGAAUAUCUAUGUUGAAAAGUUCAAGCAGGUGGAAGACACGCUCAACAACAGCAAUGACUUAUUUCUAACGUUUCGCAAGGAGAUGGAAGAAAUGUCGAAAAAGACAAAGCGCCUCGAGAAGGAGAAUAUGUCUUUGACUCGAAAGCAUGAAGUUACCAAUAAGAACAUACUCACGAUGGCCGAGGAACGCAACAAGAAUACCCAUGAAAUCGAGGCGUUAAAGAAAAGAAAUGAUAAGCUAAGAGAUAUCAUCGAUCAGAUGCAGAGACAAGGACGAGGCCUUGCCCAAGGCAUGGCGGGAACCGUGGAAGGAGAGUAUGCCGAAGGUGAUUUAGAAGGAACAGAGAGCGAGUACGAGUAUGAAGAGGGCGAGGACGAAGGAAGUGAUGGAGAAUACGACGAAGAUACAGAGGAGGACCUUCACCCGGAGCCUCCAAGACCCUUUGGGCCUGUACCACCUCCACCCCCGGCCAUGAAUGGCAUGACUGGUGCGAAUGGUGUACACUGA